AUUAUGAUGUUAGACUUAGACUUUUCUCAUUACUUUGACAUAAAUGUUAUAUAGGUACAUAUUUAUUUUAUUAAUUUAUAUAUUGUAAGGGGAGACAGUCUAUCUGAGGUGGGGAAUGUAAAUGCUCGAGGUAGAUUUCUGAUAAUAUUUAGUUAUAUUUUUUCUUUAAACUACUAAUAGAAAUAUUGACUAUCGUAUAUGCUUGCCUCUUUCAGAAUGAAUCGCCUGCGGAUCUUUAUUCUUUCAGCAGGGCGAUACUUCUAAAUUCAAAUAAUCGUUGCCAGUUAUCUAUAUUAUGAAGAUAAUAAAAACAAUAUAUGUUAUAUAUACAUAUAUUUAUAUUUAUUGAUUUUAUUAUCUGCAUAAAAAGAAAAAAAAUACGCAACUAUGUCUUAAAAAAACUAAACCAUUAAUAGGUGUAGUCAGGGGGCCUACCGCGAAAAUCGAAAUUCGCAAAUUGCGGGGAUCUUUCUCUUUUACUCUCACUAAGACGUAAUUAGGGUGACAGAGAAAAAUGCCCGCAAUUGACGAAUUUCGUGGUUAUAGCCCAGAGGGCCUACCGCGAAACACGUUUGACAUGUUUUCUCCCUGUCACACUUAUGUACGAAUUUAUAAGUGCGUCAGAGAGGCAACACGUCUAACGUGGUUCGCGGUAGGACCUCAGGGGGUGUACCGCGAAAACCAAAAUUCGCCAAUUGCGGGGAUCUUUCUCUUUUACUCUUACUAAGACGUAAUUAGAGUGACAGAGAAAAAUGCCCGCAAUUUGCGAAUUUCGAUUUUCGCGAUAGGCCCACAGUUCCCAGACAUAUCAGACGUGGCUUAGGUUAGGCACUGUUCAGAGGGCUUACCGCGAACCACGUUCGACGUGUUGCCUCCCUGUCACGCUUAAGUACGAAUUUACAAGUGCGACAGAGAGGCAACACGUCGAACGUGGUUCGCGGUAGGCCCUCAGGCAUAAGAAAACACGUCUAUCGGCUACGCCGUGCUUGCGCCGACCACGCGACAGUCACGCCACUCGCCGGUUAGUUCCCUACGCAGCAAAAAAGGGAAACCAGUCAAAACUGAAAACGAACUGUUAUUUGUGUGUGUAGUUGAUGAUAAUGUGUUUGAUUGAACAUGGGGUUUGUGAUUAAGUUAAAAGCAUAGUAAAUACUAAAGUAGCGGUACUUAUUGUACUUAAGCUUAUUAAUUUAUGGAAUCACAAAUUAUAGUUUGCGAAGACAUUUCCGUCAGUAGAAAAAUGCGAGAAAUUUAAAAUUCUUAGGCAAGAAGAGUGGUCCUCUCAUCGAAAAUUUGAAUUUUGGCGCCUUUUUCUACUGACGAAGUGGAUUUGCCAGAGUUUAACUAUUAUGCGAUUCUAUUAAAUUUUUGUAGGCCUUUAAAACUCUUAACUGUUCAUUUGAUUUUAUUUUUAACAUGGAGUGACUGCAAGCUAAAUACUACCUUAAUACGCUUACUUUAAUGCUCAUAAUUACUUUUUUCCUACCCUUACCUCGAGCUGGUAUACAUCGUCGACAUCCAAUCAUUAUGAUUGAUGCUCAGUAAUGAUCUGCCUUACUAUUUGCAUAAAUUAUACUUCACCUGACCAGUUAAGAUACUUACUUACCUACUCAUACUCAUACUGCCUGUUGCCUAAAACGUUAACUGUAUUGUUAUAAACCAGGAAAAUUAGUUUUUUUUUUAAAUAAAUUUAUAAAAAAACAUGUCAUUGCUAUCUCGCUAAAAUUAUUAUUUAUAAAUCCGUAAAUUAAAAUCGAAUAAAUGAUAUUUUGGCUAACCAUUUUAUCACUGAAGAUAGGCAGAAUUCAAAAUUUCUAUGGAUAUGUUUUAAAUUUGCCGCCUAAUUUACGGAUGGAUAUGGAUGACUUGAUUAGGUAUGUUUUUAGUGCUGGCAGCACACACGGUCACCUAAGUAUUCUGUCUUUUUCAUCAUCCAACUGAAAGAAAUAAGCAAAAAUAAUUAUUCCGCGCAUGAAGUUUAUUGCGCGAAAUAAUUAUAUUCGACUUCAUGCGCAUGAAAAUUUGUUUGUAUAUGUACUCAGAUACAGCCACUUUGUUAGUAGAAAAAGGCGCUAAAUUAACAUAUUCUACGGGAGGUCACCAUAGAAACCCUUGGAAGAUUUUAACAACUGAAGGCGCCUUGUCUGUAUUUUUCUGUGCAAAACAGUUUGCCGAUAUUUUGCAGGAGAGGGGCAAAUGUCAGUCCAUACAAUACAUGACCAUUGGUUGAGGUUUUCGACAGAGGGGUAAGCUCUUAAAGGCGACUCCGGCUGUUAAAUCCUCUACUUAUUUUUUUUUUAAUUUACCGCCUUUUUCUACUGAUAAAGUGGAAUAGAGAUAACUUGACAGCAUAUACCAAACUGGUGGAAAUGAGUCCGUUGUAUUGUGGACGUUGUGGUCUAAGCACGCAUCUUGAAAUCUUGAGCCUUAGUCACCUGCCUCCGUUUUAGUCAUCUUCUAAAACACCACACAUUGUUCACAUUGAGCUUAAGUGGCAAAGCCCUAUUUAUACUGCGGGCCUACCUAUCGCGACCACCGAAUUUCGCAAAUUGCGGGCAUCUUUUUCAGUCGCUUAUAUUAAGGCAUAGUUGGAGUAAAAGGAACGAACGAUGGCCGCAAUUUGCCAACUUCGAUGUUUGCGGCAUAGGUACCCUUAGAACUUGCUUCUAGAGAAAAUGAAAUUAUUCUCCGGUAUUAUAUCUAUUCCUCUUUUUUGGAGUAGUCAUGUAAUUUAAGUUUCGAAUCUUACUUGCUAAAGACACAACCUAUUUUAGCUAAGCCGAGCGGAGUCCUAUUCUAUAGCUAUCACUCGUUCAUUCCAUUUAAUUGCCUACAAGUAAAAGCGUCGUUAAUUUUACCAAAUCACUCUUGGAUCAAGAACUCUCACUCCGUCUAAUUCGUACGGGAUGGGUCAUAAAGCAAAAGAAAGUUAUUUAUUUAGCUAUGAUUUAGUAUGUUAUGAUAAUCUGCUAGGCGCGCUUGUAUGUGAAAAUGUGUGGAUUCAAAUACGUGUUAGUGGUACUUUUGGCGUUGCUUGGCUACAAUAAAGUCUGCACCCAAUACCACCUCCGGAUAGUAGGCGGCGCCAUCACGACCAUAGAGCGGUAUCCAAUCGUGGCUCAACUCCUGCUGGAUGUUUGGGGCAGACGCGAGUUCGUCCAGCAUUGCGCAGGAGUUAUUUUGACGUCGCGUCACGUUAUAUCAUGCGCCCAUUGCUAUCAAUACAGCGCUGGAACGGGCCUAAACUAUACUCUCCCAAAAUACUGGAAGAUUCGCGUUGGCUCAUCCUUCCGCAGCCAAGGCGGGAUACUCCACAAAAUCAAAACCAUCAUCAUCCACCGAGACUUCAACAAGUACUACUACACCAAUGACAUUGCGGUAUUGGUUGUCUCCAGGCCUUUUACUUUUGGGCCCGGAGUCAGACAAGGGACUAUUGCGAAACUCGGGAACGAGAUCAGGAUGAAUUCUUCGUGUACCGUUGUUGGAUGGGGAGCAACCGAGAGCACUGGAAUGCUGUCAGAACAGUUACGUUACGCCACAGUUUACACAGUUGAUCACAGACUUUGUAUCUAUCGAUACAAUAACAUUAUGGCCAAAAUAUCAGAUUCGAUGCUCUGCGCCAGUCAUCUAGACGUGGGCGGCAUAGACGGGUGCUUUGGAGACUCAGGAGGCCCCUUGUUGUACAAAGGAGUGGUCGUUGGAUUGGUUUCAUUUGGAUUCGCAUGCGGACAUGCGUACUAUCCAGGAGUAUAUACUAAAACAUCCAGUUACACGGAUUGGAUUCUUAAAACAAUCGCUACUUAUAAGUAAAAUAUUCAUAUUAUGAAACUUUAAUCACACAUAUUUUUUUCCUCAAUUUGCUGAUUAUAUAAUAUAUCCUAUGAUAAAAAUCAACACGACACGUAACAUUCAUAAAAAAAAAGCGGCCAAAUGCGAGUCAGACUCGCCCAUGAAGGGUUCCGUACCAUUUAUGACGUAUUAAA